CUUGAAACUAUAAAACAAAUAUUAAAAAAAAGAAAAAACAAACAAACAAUCAAAUAGAUAGACAAAGGUCAGUUGUACUCGAGAAAAGUGAGAGGUAGUUUAAUUUCUAUUGCAGUAAGGCGUUAGCCAAGAAAAGCCAUGGCUCUUCAAGCAACUUCCUGUAACUAUGGAGGCAUUUCAUCUCUUCUUUGCCCUCCUAAUACUUCCCGUCACCGCUUUGUAAUCAGAGCUAAAGUGGAACCAUCAAAGAAAUCUGUGGAAAUAAUGAGGAAAUUCUCAGAACAGUAUACACGUCGGUCAGGAACAUAUUUCUGUAUGGAUAAGGGAGUGACUUCCGUUGUAAUUAAGGGAUUGGCGGAGCAUAAAGAUACAUUGGGUGCACCACUCUGCCCUUGUAGGCAUUAUGAUGACAAAGCUGCUGAGGUAGGGCAAGGCUUUUGGAAUUGUCCAUGCGUUCCCAUGAGAGAGAGGAAAGAAUGUCACUGCAUGCUUUUUCUCACUCCAGAUAAUGAUUUUGCUGGCAAGGAUCAGUCCAUCACAUUGGAAGAAAUCACGGAAACAACAGCAAACAUGUAGCUCUUGACAUGUCCAAUUUUAUUUCUCUAAACAGUCAUAACUUGUAUUUGGCCCCAAGAAAGAAGACAAACCAACAGAGGUUGUAUUCAUAUGUAUAUUUGUAUGUCAAUAGGGGAUAAAUUCAUGUCUUUGUAUCUAUGAUCUUUAACCUCCUUCAUGAACCCUGUUCAGAUGCAGCCUACUCUGAUUUGCUUCAACUCCUGAAAUAGCAAUCAUGGUUCUAAUUGCUGCAUUGAUUUUGGAAUUCUUUUGGCAAUAAACAUGAGUAAUAUAUUUUGAAUCAGUACUCAAAUUAUUCAAUGCUAAAGCUGUUAUAGUUUUGGGUCUCAAAGUCUCCAUCCUACACAACUUGGACUUUUAGUUCCUCUUGCCAACGUGGUUACUUGAACAAUCAAAGUCUUGAGAGUUAUCUUUGUUUUAAACUUGUAGAAUCAUUGGCAAUUAUUUCAUAUUGUUCCCCCGGUAACUUCCUAACUAGUUGGGAUCAAGCAACCUCUUAAAAUAUGCAUUAGUUUCUUGAUAAUGGUUUUAUCAUACAACUCCAUAUUUGAUCCUGUAUGAAGCUUAGACAAGGUGAAGUAGUGGGAAUGAACAUUA